AUGAAGUAUACGGUGGCCGAGAGCGCCGCUUUCUUCAACUUGGUUUGUCAACCCCUCCCUCUUGCCUCCUUCUUGAUCCAUUUGAGAGCUCCUUUGAGUGUAGACGGUCUAUGUCGGAGGCUAACCCAAGUACGGAUAUCACCCCAAAUCUUCGAGCUAAAGGAUAUAAUGGAUAAUCCCUAUGUAGCCGCUGAUGGUUUCACGUACGAGCAUGAUGCGAUAAAAGUAUGGGUCGACACACACAGUGUAUCUCCCGUGACGAAACACAAACUACCACAUAAGAUGCUAACUCCCAAUCUCACAAAUCUCACAUUCACUGUUUGCAUUGUCCUAGUCAUGCGAUCUACUAACAUGGAGACUUCUAAUACAAUGAGAGUUGGCAGACAGUGGAGACAAUCUCUGUACAAAAAGAAGGGAAAAGCCGUGGGUCAGGUCACCUUCGCCUUCAUCGGAAAAAGCCAUGUCCAUCUACGCUCAACAGAACAUUCAUCAACGCACGGGAGAGGACUCUUUGCCUUCUUCAUAGCUGUCAGAGACGUGCUCGGCUACACUACCGGAGCCGCUGGUGGCCUCCAUUGCCGCCUCCCUUUCACGGCGGCAACAGACGCGUGCGAAUAG